AUGAACAUGAACCAUAAGGCAGCUGACGAAAGAAGAAUGCUUCAAUUGCACGAGUUAGAAGAAAUCAGACACAACGCCUAUGAGAAUUCCAAAAUAUACAAGGAGAAAACGAAGGCAUAUCAUGACAUGAAGAUCAUACAUCGAACUUUUGUCCCUAAAUACAAAGUGCUUCUUUUCAAUUAUCGGCUUAAGCUUUUUCCCGGAAAGUUGCGAUCAAGAUGGUCUGAACCUUUUACAAUAAAGGAAGUCAAACCAUAUGGAGCCAUUGUUCGUUGGGGUAAAAAGGGAGAUAUGUUCGUCGUGAAUGGACAGCGUGUUAAGCCAUACCUCGCAGAAGAAGAAGAAAGAGAAGAAAUGCUCUUGACGGAUCCACUAGGUUUUUAA